GAGGCCCGAUUCCGCGCCCGCCAUGGCCGACAAAAUGGACAUGUCUCUGGACGACAUCAUUAAAAUGAACCGGAGCCAGCGAGGCGGUCGCGGCGGGGGCCGGGGCCGCGGUCGGGCCGGCUCCCAGGGCGGCCGCGGCGGCGGAGCGCAGGCCGCCGCGCGAGUGAAUCGAGGCGGCGGGGCCAUCCGGAACCGGCCGGCCAUCGCCCGCGGUGCGGCCGGCGGCGGCGGCAGAAACCGACCGGCGCCCUACAGCAGGCCAAAACAGCUUCCUGACAAGUGGCAGCACGAUCUUUUUGACAGUGGCUUCGGGGGUGGUGCCGGUGUGGAGACAGGUGGGAAACUGCUGGUGUCAAAUCUGGAUUUUGGCGUGUCAGAUGCUGAUAUUCAGGAGCUCUUUGCCGAGUUUGGAACACUGAAGAAGGCAGCCGUGCACUACGAUCGCUCCGGCCGCAGUUUAGGAACAGCAGACGUGCACUUUGAACGGAAGGCAGACGCCUUGAAGGCGAUGAAACAGUACAACGGUGUCCCUUUGGACGGCCGCCCUAUGAACAUUCAACUUGUUACAUCACAGAUCGAUACGCAGCGGAGACCCGCGCAGAGUGUAAACAGAGGCGGCAUGACUAGAAACCGUGGUUCCGGAGGUUUUGGUGGUGGUGGCACCCGGAGAGGCACCCGUGGAGGCACCCGGGGAAGAGGCAGAGGCACUGGCAGAAACUCAAAGCAGCAACUUUCUGCAGAGGAGUUGGACGCCCAGCUGGAUGCCUAUAAUGCAAGGAUGGACACCAGUUAAACAGACCAGCAAAUCCACGUGUGGACCAGGACCCAGACGUCUCACUGCGCGCCCUGCUGGGGGGUGGGGUGGGCGGCUGGGGCUGUGUGGCCAAUGAUGGAUUUGUUUCUUUUGUGUUUUAAAAAUAGGAUUUAAAAACUCAUGUAAAGGUUUUCUUUCUUUCUUUUUUUUUUUUUUUUUUUUAAUUCUGAAACAGACCUGUUUUGUACUGAGUUAUUUUUGGGAUAAAUUUUACUGGUUGCUGUUGUGGAGAAGGUGGUGUUUUCACCUUUUCCAUAAUAAAAUAGAAAUGUGUGUAGAAUUG